GCCUCCCAGCUCUUCUGCAUCUUCAACCACAACGAGGACGCCUGCCGCUACGGCAUCGGCAUCGGCGUCCUGGCCUUCCUCGCCUGCAUCUUCUUCUUCAUGGUGGACAUCUACUUCCCCCAGAUCAGCAACACCACCGACCGCAAGUACCUGGUGCUGGCGGAUCUCGGCUUCUCAGGUCUCUGGACCUUCCUCUGGUUCGUUGGGUUUUGUUUCCUGGCCAACCAGUGGGCCGGGACACGGGCUGAGGACGUGCUUGUUGGGGCUGACUCAGCCCGUGCUGCCAUCACCUUCAGCUUCUUCUCUAUCUUCUCCUGGGGCCUCCUGAUCACCUUCGCUUACAAGAGAUACAAGAUGGGGGUGGAGGAUUUUGUUCACAGCUACAUUGACCCUACCCCGGAGGUUUCGGCUCCCUACUCCAGCUACCCCAACAUCAGCCAUGACAGCUACCAGCAGCCGCCCUUCACCCAGACAGUGGAAGCCGGCCCCCCGCCGGUGUACUGA